GGCGGCAGCGGCAGCAGCAGCAGCAGCAGCAGCAGCAGCAGCAGCAGCAGCAGCAGCAGCAGCAGCAGCAAAGCGCGCGACAAGUCCCGUCGGAGCUCCGAGGAGGGAAGCGCCUUUGCUGCUGCUUCUGAGGAGAUGGGCACCCUCAGCCUCGUGCUCCUGCUCCCUUUAGUGGCCGCGCUGGACUUCAACUACCACCUCACGAAGGAGCUGGAAGCUUUCCUGAAGGCUGUGCAGAAGGACCACAGCAACAUCGCUCACUUAUAUAGCAUUGGCAAGUCGGUGCAAGGUAGAGACCUCUGGGUUCUUGCUCUGGGAAGGUUUCCAACCCAACAUAGGAUUGGCAUACCAGAGUUCAACUAUGUUGCUAAUAUGCAUGGGGAUGAGGUAGUCGGGAGGGAGUUGCUGCUCCAUCUUAUAGACUUUUUGGUAACCAGUGAUCAGCGUGAUCCGGUCAUUACGAAACUCCUAGACAGCACCCGGAUACACAUCCUGCCUUCAUUAAACCCUGACGGAUUUGAGUCAGUAAUAUAUGCCAAGUGUGAUCCUCUUUUUGGCAGAUACAAUGCUAAUAACAAAGAUCUGAACAGGAACUUCCCGGAUGCCUUUAUCCUAAAUAGUCCUGACAUUCAGCCAGAGACUGAAGCUAUAAUGAACUGGUUAAAGAAUGAAACAUUUGUCCUCUCUGCUAAUCUGCAUGGCGGAUCACUGGUUGCAAGUUACCCUUUCGAUAAUGGCAAUUCAGUUACUGUUAAUUUACUGGAUGAGAGCCGAACUGUGGAUAAUGAUGUUUUCAUGCACCUGGCGAGAACAUACUCUGAGAAUCAUGCCAUGAUGCAUAAAGGGAAUGCAUGUAAGUUUCUAGAAUACUUCCAAGACGGCAUUACAAAUGGAUAUCAGUGGUAUCCACUUCAAGGUGGGAUGCAGGAUUAUAGCUACAUCUGGGGACAGUGCUUUGACAUUACUCUGGAAGUAUCGUGUUGUAAAUAUCCACAAAAAGAUGAGCUUCCAUCCUUCUGGAAUGACAAUAAAAAUGCUUUGAUUGAAUACAUUAAACAAGUUCAUCUAGGUGUAAAAGGUCGUGUUUUGGAUGAGAAUGACGAACCUGUUCCAGGUGUGAUAGUGGAAGCUGUCGGAAGGAGACACAUAUGUCCUUACAGAACCAAUGAAAAUGGAGAAUAUUAUCUUCUCCUCCUGCCUGGCACCUACACACUUAAUGCAACAGCACCUGGCUCUAGCUCAUUGCUACAGGAACUGCACAUACCAGAUGGCAGAGCAAAGUUCAGUGCCCUCACGUAUAACUUUGUUGUCCCUAAUUUACAGACCAGACCGGAGCCUGCUUCAUGCCCCACAGAGCCACUUUAUGAGAAUAACCUAUCUGCCACAUUGAAGCCUGCUAUUACCUCAUUGGUUUUAAUUAAUACCUUUUAUGCAGUGUUGAGAUGAAACUUUUAUGUGCAUAUAAAUGAAUUAUAUAUAUACAGGUGUGUGUGUAUGUGUAUAUAUAAUUCUCUCAGAAGGACUGGACAAUCUUGACAAUCAAAAAUUGGCUAUUUCAGUGUAAUGUAAUAAAGUACUGUAUUACAUAAAGUAUAUGUUUAAGAAAGUAUAUGUUUUCUUUAAGAAAAACAACUAAAUGUGUUUUGUGCUUGCACAAAAAUAUGCAACAGAAUUUGAUUACAACUCACUUUCCAGCAAUUAUGCUUAUUUUUAUUAAGACAUUUAUGAACCACUUCUAUGAACAGGGUAUCAAUUUUCAGCAAUUUACUAUAAUGUGCAAAACCUUUGUUUUGGAUGCCCUCCUGAUGAUACAGAAAGAGGUACCGGUAGUUGGGAGAGAUCAUGACCCAUUCCUGCCCCUAUACAAGAGGACACAGUGCAUAAAAAUAAGGAACCAAAGUAAGCAAACUGCUAUGCUCAACUCCUGCUUGGCCGCCAUGGGAACAAGAUGCUGACCAGAUUGGGACCUUUGGUGUGAUCCAGCAGGCUCAUGUCCUUAACAUAAAAUACAAAAUGUUUUGAUCACAUGGUUUAAAUACAGAAGGUAACAAGCCAGAGUCAGAGAAAGCGAACCAGCGAGAUUUACUGAAAAUCGGGGAUUUGUUAAUGUUUAAUUCAAAUUUUGUACAUUUAUUGCACUGAAUUUUAUUAUUUUACGUUUUGUUCAAAUGAACUAAACCCAUUACACUGGCAAAAAUGGAAUGUUAAGUCUCUUGCCAACGAGACGAAGAAUAGACAUUUAAAAAUCUGCUCUUUGAGCAAGUUUUCACAUAAUAUUUGAGGAUGAAAACAAAAUUUAAUUUGUUUAACAUACUUUCCCCCCAUUAAAAAACACUUCUAACAGUCUGUGUUGCAGGCCUGGCAAAAGGGUGCAGGCUUCCAGAAAGGGAAACUGGAGAUUUAGUGCUGGAGAUCUGUUAACUCUUCAUUUAAAAUGCUGCUCUCUACCUAGCCCCAGAGCAAAUUUAUUCCUCCUGCCUUAACCAUGUAUGUACGAACACUGGCAUUAACACGAACACUGGCAUUAACACUAACAAAGUUGCAUUGGCACAACCUGCCACCCCAAACUGCAAGGGACUGAACAAAAACUGUGGGCUGUAGCACGCAUGAAGAAGCUAAAGCAAAUAAAAGGGGGAAUGAAACUAGGUUAAUUUGUAUUCUUGAAAACUUAAGUAAAAUAUUUAUUUAAAAAGAGACUAAACAGGCUUCAGUCUACCUUGGAUUCAAA